GCAGCAGUGAAGCGAUCUGAAGAUCGGCGUUGAGUAUUAAAGAGGGAGUGGCCUCAAAGAAGCGAGGCGAGGCGCGGCAACUCAGACCUCUCGCCAACAGCGACAAGGAGAGCAAAGGGCAGGCGCCGCCUGCAGUUGCCAGACGCUUUACGGUGACGCGACAGCAGUGCGUUGACGCGCUGAUGAGCCGCGGCCUCCACGUCUUAGGUUCCGCAAAGGCCUGUGGGAGCGACCCGGGAGGAGGGCCAAGAUGGCGAAAGCGGCAGAGUCUUCGGGGGAGCCGGGGACAACGUCGCCCAGGCCCCUGGUGAGCUUGGGUUCUGCGACGAAAGGGACUGAGGUUUGCAGGCCUUUCUGAUAUAUCCAUCUCACAAGACAUCCCUGUGGAAGGAGAAAUCACCAUUCCUAUGAGAUCUCACAUUCGGGAAUUUGACAGCUCCACGUUAAAUGAAUCUGUUCAGAAUACUAUUAUGCGUGAUCUAAAAGCUGUUGGGAAAAAAUUCAUGCAUGUUUUGUAUCCAAGAAAAAGUAACACUCUUUUGAGAGAUUGGGAUUUAUGGGGCCCUUUGAUCCUUUGUGUGACACUUGCAUUAAUGCUUCAAAGAAGCUCUGUAGAUAGUGAAAAGGAUGGAGGGCCCCAGUUUGCAGAAGUCUUUGUCAUUGUCUGGUUUGGUGCAGUUACCAUCACCCUCAACUCAAAACUUCUUGGAGGAAACAUAUCUUUUUUCCAGAGCCUCUGUGUGCUGGGUUACUGUAUACUUCCCUUGACAGUGGCAAUGCUGGUUUGUCGGUUGGUGCUUUUGGCCGAGCAAGGACCAAUAAACUUCAUGGUCCGGCUUUUUGUGGUGAUCGUGAUGUUUACAUGGUCUAUAGUAGCCUCUACAGCUUUUCUUGCCGAUAGCCAGCCUCCAAACCGCAAAGCCCUCGCCAUUUAUCCUGUUUUCUUGUUCUAUUUUGUCAUCAGUUGGAUGAUUCUCACCUUCACUCCUCAGUAAAUCAGGAAAUGGAAAUUAAAAACCAGUGAAUUGAAAGCUCGUCUGAAAGAUGCAAUUUACCAUUGAGCUUUGCCUCUGGCCCUCUUUUGUCUAAUUUUGGAGAUAUUUUGAGAUGAAAGGGGAGCCAUAAAGCACCAUCACCAUUUAUGUAAGGAACUGAUGUUUGAAAGAUUGUCCUUUUCCUCUUAAUGUCAUUUCUUGAAAAUACAUAGUAUACACAGUAUAGUGCUGCCUUAAGGCAUGAUAGGGUCACUGUGGUCCAUUUGAGUGACAACCAAUGAUUUGGAAAGCACAUGUAUACAUCCUGCAAGUUGAGUAGAAUUAGUAACUGUAUUUUCAGUUUUGAGAAUACCAGUUCAGGUGCAGCUCUUAAAUACAUUGCCUUAUGACUAUUAGAAUAUGCCUCUCUCUUCAUAAAUAAGAAUCGAUAGUCUGUAUCCAUUUCCUUUUAUUUCUCUCUUAGGCUUAAAAAGGCAAUGACAGAGGUUGGGAAGGGGGUUCAUAACUGGGUAAGAGAAAACAUGCAUCAUGCAUUAACCAGUGUUCAGAUUUUGACAGGGGAAAAUUCUACCCUUGUUGCUUUUUUAAAAAGCAAAGGACAGCUAAAGAAUUAGUCUUUAGUCUUUAGUCUUUAGUCUUUCCAUAUAGUCACCUUUCUCCCAUGCUUAACAGCACCUCAGUGACACUCUAAUUUUUAAUCUUACCCCCCUAGCUCUGAAUAUGCAAACUGUUCACAGUUACCAUAUAAUUUUCCUUUGAUUAAAGCUCUCUGUGGACCAGUGCUCGAACUUAUCCAGGUGGAAGACCUCAGAAAUUUAGAUUGAUAGGUCCUUCAUGCAUAUUAUCACGUGGGCACUUUCUUCUUAAUAGUAGGAGGUAGUUUGGAUACAGCAUAGCUCUAAACAAUUAUUCUGCGUAGUCUGGCCUCUAACUAGGAAGAAAGUAAAGCUAAAUCAGAAGCCUGCAGUUAACCAUGUGAACAUGGAGGGAUUUAGUGUUCUGAUGGCUGAUUCACAAAACAGCUAGAUGCUUAGAGCAUGACGUAGGAUGAGUUGGGUUUACAGCUGCCACCUUUUCAUAGCGGGCUUAGCAGUUUUUUCAUUAGAUGUGCUUCUCGGAUUGGGGAAUAGCAAUUUAUUUUCUUGGUUUUAGACUUUAUUUGUAAAGCUAAUUAAUUCUUCUUUAGACAAGUACUUUUUUUGCAUGUGUGCACCUGCUUGUAUUCUCAGCUAUUUAUACACAGAAGUGUGAGGGCUUUUCAGGAAGCAGAGUGUCUGGAAAGGCUGAUUUCUAAGCUAAACUGGGCUCCUUUCAGGUAAUAUGAGCUACUGCCUUCUAUAAAUUGCACAUUGAAGAACUCUUAAUAGACAAAAGAUUAGGAGUCAGGCAGACACCAUCCACUGUAUAUACAGUUACUUUUAAAGAUAGGAAUUUAUUCCACAUUUUUUCUUUAUCAUGGAAUUUAAAUGUUUAUUCAUUUUGUAUCUAAAGACUAUCUACACAUAGAUAUAUAAUUUUAAAACGUAUUUUCUCCAUUCUAUACUAGGACAAAUGUGUUCUUGGAGUGAUAUUAAAUUACAGAGCGUUACAAAGUUGGUUCCCUCUGUCCCAGCCUUGUCCAGAGUUUUUGUUUAUAUCUUUAUUUCAGCUUCCCUUCUAAAUUUUAAAAUAAAUCUUGUGAGCACAAAGCCAAUGUUUCAGUCUUGAAGUGGUAAAGAAAAUAUUUUGAAACUGGUUCUGACUGGUCCAAAAAUAUCAUCCAUUUCCAUUGUCUGAAAUUUUGUAACUUCUUACCAAAAACAUCUCUCUUCCAAAGUUAUUUCAUACUCUGUCCCAAUGGUUAUAAUGUAAAAUUAAAAAAAUAAUCCUGUUUCUCAAAAAGGAAUUAUCUGCUGGAUUUUAUUCAGGCUAAAUAUUUUGGUCAGAAAUUUUUAGGGCCACAACUGGAGUAGGGGUUGUGUGUGUGUGUGUGUGUGGGGGGGGGGUUAUACAUAUUGGGUGUUAAGGCUGCUUGUUCUAUUAACCUGUUGCUCUUUGGUGACUUGAAGAAUGGUUUUAUUUGAUUUAAAUGAAAGUGGGUAAAAUGGAGAUUAUCUUUCUUAAAAUGAAUGAUCAGUUUUGUGGCAUAAAUAAUAUUUUCUUAAUAUAUGAAAAAAAAGUGCAUUGCUUUCUGUGGCAGAAGACCUGAUUAUCUGGAAGUUGUAACCCUCAACACAGCUUUCCCUGAUUUUCUGCAAAGGCACAUGGCUAAUUAUAGAAAGAAAGACUAGAAUAGAAGGGGAUUUUAACAAAGGAAACCCUGUUCCAAGAAUUGGGAAGUUUCAUACUUUAGAUGAAACUCAAGUGUGUGAGCAUCAUUACCAAAUGUGGUGGAUCAUUGCCAAGUGUGGUGCAUCACUACUGUCGUGGCUUAUCAUUUGCUGCUCUUGCUUCUGAGAUUGAGCCUCCACUGUCAUAUUCUUUAGCAAUAGGAAGGGUAAAGACUGGAUUUAAUCGCUGUUCAGAUUAUAAAAACUCAACUGAUGCAAAUGUAUUUGUGCCAUGUAGUCGUAAAUGUCAGUCAUACAAUUAAUUUUCAAGUCUUUUGCAUCUUAAAAGGCUUAUUACAUGAAUUCAGUUGGAUCUUUUUAUUGUGAUGGGGGUUUUGUUUUGUUGGGCAAGGUGGGCUUGUCACAGAGCAUGGGACUGGUAAGCAUUUAACUGUUUACUAUAUUUGUCUUUUUAUAAAGUAUUCCCCAGAUGUGGUGAGAAGGUUAGCAAGCCUGUAUUUGAAGAUUUAAUUGUAUACUUCUUAUAAGCUAACUACUUACUGUACUUGGACUUCCUGUUUAUUCCUGGAGAUGAAAAUGAAAAUCUCCUGUCAUUUGAAAUCUUUGGGUAACAUCAAAUCAUUGAAAUUUAUCUGAAUGCUAUCAUGAUAUGAUCAGACAUCCAUUGCAUGCAGCUGUUUUAUUCCAGGUAAAAUACUGACAUUGUUAUUCUUUAUUAGACUGUUAAUUUCUGAGACAAUUUGGAUAGAAAUAAAUGUGUGAAUGUUAA